AAAAACGCAGCAGUUGGAAUAAGUUCGUUGGCCAGGGCGAAGCCCAAAUUAGUGCAACCACAGGCCAGGGCCAGAGCGGAUCAUCAAGAAACCUCCAGAGAUGCAGUUAAUCUAUAUCACGCUGGGAUUGGGACUGAUCUCCACUGCCCUUCAAGCAGCCAUUCUUCCACUGACCUUGGUUAAAAGCGCCAUAGAGUCGAAUCAAGCCCUGCCCUUGGAUACGGAGAAAUUUGGUUACCUGGAGCUAAGGCCCAAUGGUUCAUUGAUCCUCAAGAGAGCUCCCAAUCAGAGUGGCAGUAACCUACAGAACCUACUCAUGCUGAAGGGAGUUCUUCAAGCACUUAAGCUCAAUCCCUCCAAGAUUUCGGACAAUGGUGGCGAGACCAGAUUGGAAUUUAAAAUCUAUGGCGAUGGAGUGGAGCACAAGUUUCCGCCAAUCUUGGAAAAUAUAAUCCAACGCAUUCAAACUUAUUUUUCGGUUUACCGCUAUACGGAUACGAGCAAGCCCCUGCAGCGGGUUGAACUUACCACCAAACCGACGGAGGACAUUCCGGAAUUAACUACUGUAAAAGCGGAGGACGAUGAGGAUCUGAUAGUCAUAGGAGAGCAGGACGCCUACAUCACAGUGGGGGAUGAUACGGAUUAGUCAUCGCUCUAUUUAUUACGUAUUUAUUCCCCUAGCUAUGUAAGUCAA